AUGGUUAAAACUGUCCUUAAUGUUGUUCCUAUGUAUCAGAUGAGCACUUUCAAAAUACCUAAGACACUUAUUAAGAAACUUGAUACACUGCAAAGGAAAUUUUGGUGGGGUUAUAAGUCUAAUAGAGGACUAAAUUUAAUUGGCUGGCAUAACAUGUGCAUAUCUAAAGACUUUGGAGGACUGGGUUUCAGAGAUCUGGAAAUGCUAAAUCAUGCAUUACUCACUAAAAUUGCAUGGAGAAUCUGUCAAAACUCAGAUCAUUUGCUAACUAGACUGCUCAAAGCUAAGUACUUCAAGAAAGAAGAUUUUCUUCAUAUUGAAUGA